AUUGCAGAAUCACCCUCAUGAUGAUGGAGAAAUUACAGGGAUCUGACAGCCCCAAAGCAGGUCUGGAAAAGAGCAAGAGAGAGAUUCUUAGGCAUACCAAGAGGGCAUGGACACCUCUGGAUGGGCAUCCUCUUCUUGACUCUGAGGAGGAAAUCACAAUGGCCACUAAGCACAUGCAAGAAAAUUCCAAACAAGAAAGUAUCCAGCAGUGGCUGGACUCUGGCUUCUUUGUCUCUGUAAAUGAAAACUUCCAGAAAGCCACCAACCAUUCUGCUUCUUUGCAUGAACAAGGAAUGGUUCAAAUGACCGUGAAAGACUACAUGAGAUCUCUGCACCAGAUUUCAGAGACACCUACCCUGUCAAGAGGGACAAGUUUCAACUCUUGCUAUUCCACCACAGGUGUACCACAAAGCAUUCCUGAAUGGCUGGAAUUUUGGGAAAAAGAUCCAGUGGAGAUUCUCUUGGAUCUAGGGUUUGGUACAGAUGAGCCAGAUAUCUGCACACAAAUCCCAGACAGAUUCUUUGGUUGCAGCUCCGCAGCCAGAGGAAUCAACAUCCAUGUUUUCCUUGAAGCACAGAAACAGAGGAUGGACUUGGAGAACCCUGAUUUGUAUGGCCGGUUCCGACAGUUAGAAAUCCUGGAUCAUGUGUCUAAUGCCUUCUCAUCCUUGUUGAAUGACGUUAACACUCUCCAGAGCCAAGAUGAAGAGAAAGAUGGAAGACAGGGUGUCCAAAGCCCCACAUCACAUGUAGCUAAAGAGCACUUCAGAGGAAUGAAUCAACUUUUAAGGAAAACUUCAAGCCAGUACACCAAUAGGGAUGGUAACGCAGCACUGUCAGAAUUACUCAAGAUGGAAGAUGACAUUUUUACUCUGCCAACCAAGCUAUGGGAGUAUAGAUUGGAAGUACAAGUGGCUUCCAUUAGCCAUGAUGGAAGUCAAGGGCCUCCUUCAAUAGAGCAUGGUUCUACCCAAGCCUUCAAUGACUUUUCCCCUUGUCUUCCUUCACAAGCUCUUCGGGACAAACAGUGGCCUUGCUCAUCCACACUAGCAAAACAGUAUCCCCAUACCAGUGUGUCUGAGGGGUCAGUGAGGAGGAAAAUAUGGAAGGAGAAAUGGAUUCACAUGGACAAAUUCAAGAACUUGUCUCACAUUGUGAGUAAAGGAGCAGACUCCUUUGAAAUGGAAGAGGUCCAGAGCUUUGAAGAAGAUACUGGCAACCCUCUUAACCUGAUCUCAGGAAUUGCAGGCUCCCAAGUGGGCAGAACAAACAGCUGUCAGUCAGACAGCAGCGGGUUUUUGGAGGAGCUGCCAGAACCCCAUCCCCUCCAGGUGUCUUCCUUGCCAGGCAGCCAGAGUUUUACUGACUGUAGAGGUAGCAAACCAAGUGAUCAGAGUCACAGCCCAGCAUCAUGGCAAGACUGUCAGCAAGAGUCUAAUGGCUCUAAAUCCAAGAGCUUGGUGAGCUCGUCUCCGUCAAUCCACGGUACGAGCAUCUUGGAAGCAAAGGUCUCAGGACCUGUGGAGGAGGAAGAGCUUCAACUUGAGGUCAUGGAAAGGUCACCAGAGAUAGUCGACCCAGAUAUGACCCUCACCAAGACCACGAUGGUGGGAGAAUACCCAGGGAGUGUUGUUGGAACUGUAUUCACUGCUACAUGUGAUAACACGAUGGAGAUCACAGGGACUCAUGUCACAGAAAAGGAAAACAGGUCUCUGAGGCCUGAGGAUACUGGGAAAAUGCUGAUACAAGGGCACCACUCUGAGUCACCAGGGUCAUCCGGGAUUCAUCAGACUCCAGAAAGGUUCUGUCAUGUGGACUCUGAGGUUCUGGGAACAGAGGACAGCAGCAAGGUCUGCCCUGCCACCAAGCGAAGCUCAAUGGUGCCAGAGAGGCUAGCGCAGCACUGUCAGCAGCACAGAGGAGCCAGGCUCUAUAAAGGUGACCUUGUUGCAAACUCUGAGAAGUCAAUUCCUCACCUCAAUAAGCCACCUGGAGAUGCUCCCACUGACUCCAAUGCUGCCAGCUCUUUGUCUGUGACAACCCAGAUGUCUUGCAAUCUGGUGUCAGCUGCUCAUAAUGUUGCAGACUUGGGAACCAACUAUAAAGGAACAGCUUUAGAAUGCAGUCCAUGUGACCCUGUUAAUACCACAGACCUGAGACCACAGACAAAAACAAAGCAGGUCAAUGAUGUUGCUGUUCAGACUUGUGCAUAUGAAUGCAAGCCCAGGCCUUCACAUAAUGAGUCCUUAAUUCAUGGAUGCUGGCCCCUCACCAAAUCCAUCUCUUUGGACACAGGUUUUCCUAGCGCAUCCCCAAGAGGCCUCUGCCAUCUCACUCAUGCCCACUGUUGUGUCUGCUAUCAUAACUGUCCCAACUGCCAGACGAGUAGGCAAAGCCCUGGCCCAGAACCAUCUCUUUGCAGGCAUUUCCUGUACUCACAUGCAGAGGAUCCUGAAGCCCGGUUCAUGAAGACAUUGAACAUACUUCAGGACACUACUAUGAGGGACUUGUGUUCUUGCACAGUCUAUGAGAUGGAAACCAUGAAGAUGGUGUGCCAGAGUUUCCAGGAGCACUUAGAGGAAAUUGAACAGCACUUCAUGGGACAGCAGGCACUCUUUCCCAGGGACAUGUCAGAAGAAGAAAGGGCAGAGGCUGAGGACCUGAGGAGUCUACGAGAGGCCCUGAAGCAGCAGGUGGCAGAGCUGGCAUUUCAGUUAGGAGAUCGAGCCAGGCAAAUCAAAGAAGGGAUCCUACGGCAGCUAGAACGUCUCUCAGAGGAGCUACCUGAACACUGUGAAAAUCUUCAGCAGUGCAACUGGACAGAUUCAUGGGUUCAAACCCACACUGUGGCUCCCAAGUCUGUCCUUCCUGCCGGCAGUGGGAAGCAGAUGCCCAGCUGGUUGGUCACUCUGAUCUUGAGACCAGAGAUGGGACAUCUCUACAGUCAUCAGCUAUGACAGAGUCAAAUUCAGAUCCUCCAUCAAGUAGUGCUGGACUGUAAUCUCUGCUAGAUC